UUUGCUCCUGGGAUUGGCUGGAGCUGUGGUUCCGCCGAGGCGUGGUAGGAAGUGGUAGCCGUCAAUCACGAGGGAGACUCCAAACAGUGAGCCCGGAGCUGUAGAACAGCGUUUACCGGCGGAGCGGCCGGUCCUAUGAGCAACGCAAUGGCUACGGACUCUCCUCGAAGGCCCAGCCGCUGUACUGCUGGAGUUGUAGUUCGCCCUCAGGCUGUCACGGAGCAGUCCUACAUGGAGAGCGUCGUGACUUUUCUGCAGGAUGUUGUGCCGCAGGCUUACAGCGGGACUCCCCUAACAGAAGAAAAGGAGAAAAUAGUUUGGGUCAGAUUCGAGAAUGCAGAUCUGAACGAUACAUCACGGAAUUUAGAAUUUCAUGAACUGCAUAGCACUGGAAAUGAGCCCCCUCUGCUGGUUAUGAUCGGCUACAGUGAUGGCAUGCAAGUCUGGGGCAUCCCUAUCAGCGGGGAAGCCCAGGAGCUCUUCUCUGUUCGGCACGGCCCAGUCCGAGCAGCUAGGAUCUUGCCUGCUCCACAGUUGGGUGCUCAAAAAUGUGAUAACUUUGCUGAGAAAAGACCUCUUCUUGGUGUUUGUAAGAGCAUUGGAUCUUCGGGCACAACACCACCGUACUGCUGUGUGGACCUGUACUCGCUUCGUACCGGGGAAAUGGUGAAGUCCAUUCAGUUCAAAACGCCCAUUUAUGAUCUCCAUUGCAAUAAGCGGAUCCUCGUCGUAGUCUUGCAGGAGAAAAUCGCUGCCUUUGAUAGCUGUACUUUCACAAAAAAAUUUUUUGUCACAAGCUGUUAUCCUUGUCCUGGGCCAAACAUGAAUCCCAUUGCUCUUGGGAGCCGCUGGCUUGCUUAUGCAGAAAACAAGCUGAUUCGAUGUCAUCAGUCGCGCGGUGGAGCCUGUGGAGACAACAUUCAGUCUUACACCGCCACAGUCAUUAGUGCCGCUAAAACACUGAAGAGCGGCCUGACGAUGGUUGGGAAGGUGGUGACGCAGCUGACAGGCACACUGCCCUCGGGGGUCACAGAAGAUGACGUUGCUGUCCACAGCAACUCCAGGCGGAGCCCCCUGGUGCCGGGCAUCAUCACAGUCAUAGACACCGAGACAGUUGGCGAGGGCCAGGUGCUUGUGAGUGAGGAUUCAGACAGCGAUGGCAUUGUAGCCCACUUCCCUGCCCACGAGAAGCCAGUGUGCUGUAUGGCUUUUAAUACUAGUGGAAUGCUUUUAGUCACAACAGACACUCUUGGCCAUGACUUUCAUGUCUUCCAAAUUCUGACUCAUCCCUGGUCAUCAUCCCAAAGUGCUGUCCAUCACCUGUAUACUCUUCACAGGGGAGAGACCGAAGCCAAAGUUCAGGACAUCUGUUUCAGCCAUGAUUGUCGCUGGGUGGUGGUCAGUACCCUCCGGGGUACUUCCCACGUUUUCCCCAUCAAUCCCUACGGUGGCCAGCCUUGUGUCCGCACACACAUGUCACCACGAGUAGUGAAUCGCAUGAGCCGUUUCCAGAAAAGUGCUGGGCUGGAAGAGAUUGAGCAAGAACUGACAUCUAAGCAAGGCGGCCGCUGUAGUCCCGUUCCAGGCUUAUCCAGCAGUCCUUCCGGCUCCCCACUGCAUGGGAAGCUGAACAGCCAAGACUCUUACAAUAACUUCACCAACAACAAUCCUGGCAACCCCCGACUUUCUCCCUUCCCGAGCCUGAUGGUAGUGACCCCUCUAGCACAAAUCAAGCAGCCAAUGACGUUGGGGACCAUCACCAAACGCACUGGGCCUUAUCUCUUUGGAGCGGGGUGUUUUUCCAUAAAAGCUCCAUGCAAAGUGAAACCACCUCCACAAAUUUCACCGAGCAAAUCAAUGGGUGGCGAGUUUUGCGUGGCUGCAGUGUUCGGGACCUCCAGGUCGUGGUUUGCAAACAACGCAGGUCUGAAACGGGAAAAAGAUCAGUCCAAACAAGUUGUAGUUGAAUCUCUGUACAUCAUCAGCUGCUACGGAACCUUAGUAGAGCACACGAUUGAGCCUCGGCCGCUCAGUACUGCUCCCAAGAUCAGUGACGACACACCGCUGGAGAUGAUGACGUCACCCCGUGCCAGCUGGACACUCGUUAGGACGCCUCAGUGGAACGAGCUGCAGCCACCGUUUAAUGCGAACCACCCUCUGCUCCUCGCGGCAGAAGCUGUGCACUACUACCAGCUCCUGCUUGCUGGCUCGCUUCCCCCUGGAAGUCCCGGCCCCAUUACUCGACAUGGGUCCUAUGACAGCUUAGCCUCUGACCAUAGUGGACAGGAAGAUGAAGAGUGGCUUUCUCAGGUUGAAAUUGUAACACACACUGGACCCCACAGACGCCUGUGGAUGGGUCCCCAGUUCCAGUUUAAAACCAUCCACCCCUCAGGCCAGACCACGGUCAUAUCAUCUAGCUCGUCUGUGCUGCAGUCUCAUGGGCCGAGCGACACACCACAGCCGCUCUUGGAUUUCGAUACAGAUGAUCUAGAUCUCAACAGUCUCAGGAUCCAGCCGGUCCGCUCUGACCCAGUCAGCAUGCCAGGGUCAUCCCGUCCAGUCUCUGAUCGCAGGGGAGUUUCCACGGUGAUUGAUGCUGCCUCCGGUACCUUCGACCGGAGCGUGACCCUGCUGGAGGUGUGUGGGAGCUGGCCUGAGGGCUUUGGCCUGCGACACAUGUCCUCCAUGGAGCACACAGAGGAGGGCCUCCGGGAACGGCUCGCAGAUGCCAUGGCCGAGUCACCAAGCCGCGAUGCUGUAGGAUCUGGAACAGACACAGCCCUUGACGUAGCAGUCAAAAACAGCACCCCCGGGAGACACAUGGCUAUGAAGUGUUUGGGGAAAAAAAAAGGAAAAAAAAAACAAUGCCAACAGCCCAGCGUCCGCGAACAACCCAACAGUAACAAAGCAUGCGUUCGGGAUGGAGGAAGAACUUCAGCGAGAGGGAAGCAUCGAGACUCUGAGUAACAGCUCAGGCUCCACCAGUGGCAGCAUCCCAAGGAACUUUGAUGGCUACCGAUCUCCGCUCCCUACCAACGAGAGCCAGCCGCUCAGCCUCUUCCCCACUGGCUUCCCAUAGGCACCAGCCACCUGCUUCUGACUGGCUGAGGGACAGGGAGAAGCACCCCACCCCACCCUACCUUCUUCCUCCCACCCCACCCCAUCCCCGCACGCCUCUGGUCCUACCCUUCUAAGUCUCUGCUCCUCUUUCAUCAACCCCACCUUCCCUAAGCUUAGCGACGACGGCUGCUCAUCCUCUCUGGACAAAAAGAGACUUCCAGAACUGCUCAGCACACCCUGACCUCAGCCACUCCUGUCAUUGGGGGCUGUGGCUAAGAGACUGCAGAAACUCGGUCCCUUCUCUCUUUGCACAUAAUGUCCCGCAUCGGAUCCGCUUUUGUAUUUUUUAACUGUACCCACAGGGGGACUGGAACAGUGGCCAGAUCGUAGGGCCGGGUGAGGAGGAGUUGAAUGGUCCAGCCAGGUAUUUUGGUGGACAAUGUCAGCCCUAACCCACUUCAGGCUAUGAUGCACACUGCCCCCAGGUAUCCCUGCUCAGUUCCCUCCCAAGACAGGAGCGAACUGAAACCCAGAGUGAUAGGGAAGGAAGAAGGAAAGAGGCUCCCUUUGCCCCUUGCUUCCCUGUUGGCUCAUGGGGAGAAUUUGUCUGUCUUAUCUUUGAGCCCUUGUACCCUGGUCCUGUACUGUUGAGUGAAGGAAACCGUGGUUACUGAGGCCAUAUCAAAAGUGCACGUCUUGUCCAAUAAAUCACGCUGCAAUUGGUGU